AUGGACCGCCAAACAGACCACAAAGCAGACCGCAAAGCAGAAGGACAGACCAGCAAGGAAGAUGCUGGCAAUACAACCGAGGACGCUGAUCCAAGUUGCCAAUUCUCAACAGCGACAGAAUGUAACCAAAAGGAAAAACCCACCUCCCCACCAGAAGAGGGCACAUCAUAUAGGUCUCUGUACAAACACAACUACAGAGCGCACAUGUACGUGGAUGAUUUUGUUUGCCUUCGAUUAAAAGGUCGUGGAGGUGAGGUGCACGCCGAUGGGAGCAGUGAACCGCAGCCUUGUGUAGACUCAUCAAAGGGAGAUUUCCCAGCGAGUGGGUACACACGUGAUGAUAUGCAUGAUGAUGUACAUGGUACACGUCAUGACGCACCUGUCGGAGAGCCAAGUGAGAAAAAUGCGAACUUUCAGGAGGUCGCUGGAACAAGGAGGAACAACCCAAGCAGGGUUGCAGUCGAUAAGAUUGACCAAGCAAAUCCUUCAAGGGAAGACGAUCAAUGCGUGCAUGUAGGAAGUGACAAAAUGGAGGACCACCAACCAGACGACACAACAUACUCCCAAGCCGGGGUCCACAAUAUUAAUUAUGCUAAUGAGGAGAAGAGGGAAAACUCCGACCUCUGUACUCCCUCCGAUGAUAAUUACACCCUUCACGGUAGUCACAGAAGUGACGCUCACCUGGAGGAGAAGAACAAGCCACAUGACAGUAACCACCCCAGUGAAGACAUGCCAAGCUGGCAAGUACACACAAUGCAGGGGGAAAAUCAACCCACGGAAAAGCAGAAUAAAAUUAUCGAACUGUUUAAGAUGAAGUUGGAGAGCAAGGAGAUGAACAGGAGUCGCCAUGUCUCUGAUGUUCGUGGUGAUGUUCACGACUGUGGCGGUCACGAUUACCGUGACGAUGACCCUGAACGUUUGGAAGGAGCUUCCUCCCCCAGUGCCCCCAACCACCGCACGCAGAUACGGGAAAGUAUCUCUCGCAUUUUUAGCGAGUCACCAUCCUCCAAGCCCAAGAUCAUAAACGAGCUUAAACAUGGUGGGAAUAAUGUGGGAGAGGAAGACGAAGGGACGGGGAGCCAACAACAAGGAAGUAGUAGCAACGACAGGGAGAAGGCAGACAGUAAGAUGAACGGAGCAAAGAAUGCAUUAAAGGAAGGAAGUCUGUUGAGGCUCUUCAGGUGUGAAUACUUCGACACCCACCUCCACAUCAGAUACCUCUAUGACAGGAGAGAGGUGGGAGUUCAUGAGUACCUAGUAAAUUCGCUCUACACGCAGAGGAGGUAUGAGGACAUAUUAUUUUACCUACCACAGCUGAGUCAAAUUUCGCUUGUCCGUUAUGAGUCCUCUUCCCUUUAUCGCUUCCUUCUUUAUAAAGCUAGUAAAUCAAUGCACUUCGCUUUGAAACUAAGUUGGAUAUACCACUCCAUAGUGGAGGACAACUGUUCCCAGUAUAAAGACUUGGCUCAUAAAAUGACACAAGAGAUUGAAAUGGCUGUUGUGAAUUGCAAGCCAUUUAACACUAAGUGUACCUCGGGGAAUGAAAACAAACAGUCCUACCUGCUGAACCUCGCUCAUCCUCUUCUCUUCAAAAGGAAAUACAUCAUUAAAAGGAUAAAAGCCAAUGAGCGGUUUGAGAAGACGAAGUUGUUUAGAAAUUGCCUGAACAGGUCAUGUAAUUCGUACUUGUUGAAAGGGGUGCAAAGUGGGGUACAAGCGGUCGGGCAAGGUGACGCCGAAGCGGUGGGACACAGCGCCGCUCCAGGUGACGCUCCUAAGAAGCGCCGCAAAAGGGAAGCGACGAGCACGGCUCCGCCCCCCAAGCUGCCCCAGUGCUACAUCAUCAAUUCAGGGGCCCUCUCCAUAGCCAGGGCCAAAGUGAAGUUACCCAGUACCUACGCCAAGCUGGGCAAUCCCCUAAGUGCCUCCAAGUUUUUCCUGCCGGAAUUUAAUUGCAGCUUUAAUAUGAUUGAAGAUCUGCAACAAUUUUUUAUGAAGCAAAGGAGGUGUGAUUACUUUAGUCUCCUGAAUAACUUCGUCAACCUGACAAUAUCAGUUUCGAAUCUUCUCUCCACAGAACCCGACAUUGAAAUACGAAAUGAAUUGCUCAACAGAUUCAUAUACUCAUUAAACAGUUGGAUGCUCAUGCGCAGGUGUAUCGUUGCUGCAUGCACAAAUGUGUUUGCCAUGACGGGGCUGUGUAUUCCCCUGGAGUGCUUGUCGUCCUCUCCCCACUCAGGACAUAGAGCGGAAAAGACAACCAACAGCAGCAGCUUGCAAAUAUUACACUUCAACUAUGAUGAAUGUAAAAUAUUUUUCUCGAAGAAGAGGGCUCCGUACCUGCUCAUGUUUGAGGUGGCCGACCUGGACGAGGACAUCAGUGACAUUCCCGAUAGCCUCUUUUACCCCACCAGGGGGACCUCCCACUCAGGGGAAAACGUAGCAGCGGGUGGAGCCGCAACUGGAGCAACGCCUCACAUGAGUGACGGCGCGAUUGACGCUGCGGACGAUGUGUACGAGGAUGUGUCCCCAGACGAACCGACGCGACAGCCGCCACCACGCAGGAAGGGCCACCGGAUUGAAAAAAACUUUUGUUCUUCAAAAAACUACGGGCUCUUUAACGAAAACAGCAGCUCCUAUGACUACGAGCCGAGAGGAAGUAUGUACGAUGAGAAGAGGAAGAAGAAGAAGAAAAAAAAAAAAAAAAAAAAAAAAAAAAAGUGA